UUAAUAUAUUUUCUAUCAAUCAUUUGAAUACAUAUUUAAUGUUUAGUAAAGUUAUAAAAAACAAUUAGUGAAAAAAUAUAUAUUUUUUUAAAAUUACAAUAUGAACAUCACGUGCGGCCACUUAUUGCGUGUGGCCAGAGGUCAGACACUGGCCGGCGCCAUAUCGGUGCGUUACGCGCGCGGCAUCAAGCCGUGGAACAUCGGUCCCGAAGGCGCGUGGAAAAAGGCACGUAGUAGGAAAGUGAUCAAGAUUGAAUUACCCGAUUUCAACGAAAUGAGACUCGAAGACAAACUGUCACCCGAAGAGAUCCGGUCGCGACUCAAGGAGAAAGGUGUGGCACCGCCUCGGAUGUACAAUGAACGCGAACUGACAAUCACCAGUACAAACGGUAUACUUGACCCGUAUGUGCCGCCUGAAGGCGACGGCAAGGCAUCAAUAAUAUCGGCAACAGGUGCCAAACAGCGUAUGGAUCAGUUGACCAAAAAGGGCAAAUCUAUGUUAGCCAUACGUAAGGUCCGAACCUAUGAGGACGAACUCGACUUACCGACCUUUGCCGAGAAUGCUCUCGAUCUCUACGUGAAGGCCCACCGGGCGUUAGCCGAUAAAGAGUGGGAUCAAUUGCACGACUUUGUGACAGAACACGCGUUCCCGCAGAUGACACACAAGGCAGACCUGAAAACAAUUCGGUGGCAAUUCAUUAACAGUAUUGAGAAGCCAACUGUGGCUCACGUCAGGACACUGGACGUGUUGUCCAAGAAUAAUCUGUUUGCACAAAUCACUGUACGAUUACAUACCCGACAGAUACUGGCCAUCUAUGACCGCUUCGGUAUUCUGAUGCACGGAAGCGAAGCGGUAGUCAAAGACGUAUUGGAGUACGUGGUGUUUGAGAAACAUUUGGCUAAUUUGUACGGUAAAUGGCGAUUGCAUGCAAAGAUUGUGCCGAAUUGGAUGCCACCGAAAGAGCCAAUCAUUAGAACUUUUGUGUCACCGCCAGCACUGCCACCUAAAACGGAAAGAGAGAUCCUAUACGAAAAGGACGGUAUAAUUUCUGACCAGAAAUCCAAAGAUAAAGACGAUUCGAAACAAAUCGGUAGCGGCAGUGACGGCAAACAUACCGGUCCUCAACCGGCAAUCGCUUAACAUAUAGUCAAA